AUUAAGUAUAUCCAAAUUUCAGUGGCUAAUCAAGUACUCAAGGUGUGCUUGAAUCUUCUACUCGAUCCAUCGGCAUCCAAAUCUCUAUAUAAACACUUGGACUAAACUACUAGCUAGCUGCUAGCUCCUAUCUCAAUCUUUAAUUGAGAGAUGAUGGUUUGGAAUUGGGCAGUAAUAAUUGCAUUGCUUGCUGUUGUUUAUAUUCUGGAACCAUGGAGAAGCAAGAAGAAGAGGUUACCUCCUGGUCCAAGAGGGUUUCCUAUUUUCGGAAGCCUCAACUUGUUAGGGGAGUUUCUGAAAGCUAGGUUUCCUCACAAAGACCUACACAGACUGGCUCAAAAGUAUGGCGACAUCAUGCACAUGCGAUUAGGUCUCGUGUCUGCCAUCGUCGUCUCCUCCCCUCAAGCAGCCGAGCUCUUCCUCAAGACCCACGACCUUGUUUUUGCAAGCAGGCCACCUCACGAAGGCGCAAAGCACAUCUCUUUCGGGCAGAGGAACUUAUCCUUUUCCGAGUAUGGCUCUUAUUGGCGAGACAUGCGCAAGAUGUGCACCCUCGAGUUGCUCAGCAACCACAAAAUCAAUUCUUUCAAGGAAAUGAGGAGAGAAGAGGUUGUCCUUUUCAUAGAGGCCAUUAAAGAGGCAGCUGCAACCAGCCACGAACCAGUCGAUCUCAGCGCUAAGGUGUCAUCUCUUAGUGCAGAUAUGAGCUGCAGGAUGGUGUUUGGAAAGAAGUACGCGGAUAAAGAAUUUGACGACAAGGGUUUCAAGUCUGUGAUUCAACAAGCCAUACAAUUAGCAGCUGCGCCUAACUUGGGCGAUUACAUCCCUUGUAUUGCUCCACUUGACCUCCAAGGGUUCACUAAGCGCAUGAAGGCUAUUAACAAGGUGUUUGAUGACUUUUUCGAGAAGAUUAUUGAUGAACAUCUUCAAUCGAGGGAUGAGGGAAAGACGAAGGACUUUGUUGAUGUAAUGCUCAGCUUUAUGGGGACUCAAGAAUCUGAAUACCUAAUUGAACGCUCCAAUAUCAAGGCAAUCAUUUUUGACAUGCUUGUGGCCUCAAUGGACACAUCAGCAACAACAAUUGAGUGGGCCGUCUCUGAACUCAUAAAACAUCCACAACUAAUGAAGAAGGUCCGAAAAGAGCUAGAAAAUGUGGUGGGAAUGGAGAGAAUGGUCGAGGAAUCAGACUUGGACAAGUUGGAGUACCUGGACAUGGUAGUGAAAGAAACCUUGAGGCUACAUCCAGUGGGACCUUUGUUGCUUCCCCAUGCAUCCACUGAAGAUUGCACUGUUAACGGCUUCCACAUACCCAAAAAAUCACGCAUUAUCAUAAACGUGUGGGCAAUUGGAAGAGACCCCAAUGCUUGGACCAAUGCAGACGAGUUCAUACCCGAAAGGUUUGCAGGGAGUAAUAUAGACCUGAGGGGAAAUCACUUUCAGCUUAUUCCAUUUGGUUCGGGUCGUAGACGUUGCCCUGGAAUUCAAUUGGGGCUAGUUGUGGUCAAGCUAGUAUUGGCACAACUUCUGCACUGUUUCGAUUGGGAGCUUCUGGAUGGUUUGUUGCCAACAGAGUUGGACAUGACGGAGGAAUUUGGUCUAACCGUUUCACGAGCCAAGCAUCUGCUGGUUGUUCCUUCUUAUCGCCUUCACAAAUAAGAACAUAUCAUCGAUCAUCAUAAUCAUAUCAGAAUGUUUAUGUACUGUUUAAUUUCAUGUUUCAAUAGUUUUUGGACAAUUACAAGUUUGAUGUUACUAUAUAUAGCUAAUAACUUGUACGAAGCCUGUGAUGGUCAGAUUGAAUAGGUAUUACCAAUUACUAAAAGCAAAAUCUUUGGUACAGUACGUUAUUUUCAGCAUC